AUGUCCGAUCAGGAAGAAAACCCAGGUUCUCCAAAAGUGAUAAGAUAUAGUGAGGAGGGUUACAAUAGUGAGGAGGGGUACACCAGUGAUGAGGGUUACACCAGUGAGGAGGGUUACACCAGGGAUGAGGGUUACAAUAGUGAGGAGGGUUACACCAGUGGGGAGGGUUACACCAGUGUUGAGGGAUACAAUAGUGAGGAGGGUUUCACCAGUGAGGAGGGUUACGCCGGUGAGGAGGGUUACACCAGUGUGGAGGGUUACAAUAAGGAGGAGGGUUACACCAGUGAGGAGGGUUACACCGGUGAGGAGGGUUACACCAGUGUGGAGGGUUACAAUAAGGAGGAGGGUUACACCAGUGUGGAGGGUUACACCAGUGGGGAGGGUUACACCAGUGGUUACAAUAGUGGGGAGGGUUACAAUAGUGAGGAGGGUUACACCAGUGAUGAGGGUUACAAUAGUGAGGAGGGUUUCACCAGUGAGGAGGGUUACACCGGUGAGGAGGGUUACACCAGUGUGGAGGGUUACACCAGUGAGGAGGGUUUCACCAGUGAUGAGGGUUACACCGGUGAGGAGGGUUACACCAGUGAUGAGGGUUACAAUAGUGAGGAGGGUUUCACCAGUGAGGAGGGUUACACCGGUGAGGAGGGUUACACCAGUGUGGAGGGUUACACCAGUGAGGAGGGUUUCACCAGUGAUGAGGGUUACACCGGUGAGGAGGGUUACACCAGUGAUGAGGGUUACAAUAGUGAGGAGGGUUUCACCAGUGAGGAGGGUUACACCGGUGAGGAGGGUUACACCAGUGUGGAGGGUUACACCAGUGAA